GAGCGCUCUCGCCUCAGUGCAGAGCGAGCCUGCCAGCGACGCGGGUGACAGGAGGAUGGAGCUCUUCCCCGGCGGGAGGCCGGUCCUCGGCGGGGCCUUCGGCGUCCUCCUGGCGUUGGUGGGGUCCUGCCUGCUGUUCCUCCACCUCACCUGGAGAAGGAAGUUCGGCAACCUGCCCCCGGGGCCGCCUGCCCUCCCUUUUGUGGGCAAUGUGCUCCAGGUGGACAUGAGGGAGCUGAUCAAGUCCCUGAGAGAGCUCAGCAAGACGUACGGCCCGAUGUACACCUUCCACCUGGGCUCGCGGCCCUGCGUGGUCCUCUCCGGCUACCAGGUGCUCAAGGAGGCCCUGAUCGACAGGGCGGAGGAGUUCAGCGGCCGAGGAGACUUCCCCGCCGUCCAGAUGUGGAGCAAAGGCAACGGGAUCGUGUACGGCACCGGUGAGCGGUGGCGGCAGCUGCGCCGGUUCGCCAUCUCCACCCUGAAGAACUUCGGGAUGGGCAAGAGGUCCAUCGAGCAGCGCAUGAAGGAGGAGGCCCAGUUCCUGGUGGCCGAGUUCCGGAAAACCCAAGGCAAACCCUUCGACCCCACUUUCUUCCUGAGCUGUGCCGGGUCCAACAUCAUCUGCUCCCUCGUCUUUGGAGAGCGCUUCGAAUACACCGACAAGAAAUUCCUCAUGUUGCUAGACCUCAUCAACAGCAACUGGAAGCUCAUGAGCUCCACCUGGGGACAACUGCUCUUCACCUUCCCGAAGAUCAUGAGGCACGUCCCAGGGCCGCACCAGCAGAUCUACAAGAACUACCUGAAGCUGGCGGAGUUUGUGGGGGAGCGGCUGGAGAUGAACCGGCAGACGCUGGACCCGAGCGCCCCGCGUGAUUUCAUCGACUGCUUCCUGACCAAAAUCCAGCAGGAGAAGGGCAACCCCGACAGUCACUUCAACGAGGAGACGCUGUCCAAGACCACGGUGAACCUCUUCUUCGCGGGGACGGAGACGGUCAGCUCGACCCUGCGCUACGGGCUGCGCAUCCUCCUGCGGCACCCCGAGGUGGAAGAAAAGCUCCACGAGGAGAUAGACCGCGUCAUCGGGGUGAACCGGAGCCCCUGCAUGGAGGACCGGACGAAGAUGCCCUACACAGACGCCGUCAUCCACGAGAUCCAGCGCUACGCCGACAUCGUGCCCAUGGGGGUGCCCCACAUGCUCACGCGGGACGUCGAGUUCCGCGGGUACACUCUGCCCAAGGACCUCAACAUCAUCCCGCUGCUCUGCACGUCCCAGUUCGACCCGACGCAGUUCAAGAACCCCGAUUCCUUCGACCCGACCCACUUCCUGGACGAGAGCGGGCGCUUCAAGAGGAAUGACGCCUUCAUGGCCUUCUCCGCAGGCAAGCGCGUGUGCCUGGGCGAAGGCCUGGCAGUCAUGGAGCUCUUCCUCUUCCUCACCACCAUCCUGCAGAACUUCAGGCUGAAGCCCCUGGCGGAGCCCCAGGACAUCGACAUCACCCCGGAGUCCACCGGGCUGGGCAGCAUCCCGCGCCCCUACCAGUUCUGCCUCCUGCCCCGGUAGCGCGGAGCACCGGCCUGGGCAACGUGCCGCGCCCGUUCCAGCUCCGGCUCCUUCCCCGCUAGCGCUCGCCAGCCCAGCAGCCCC